AUGACCCCUUCUAUUGAGCCUGUUAUAGUAUCUGUAGCUUUAUGCGUCUUCAUAAUCAAGGGCGGCGUGUUGGGCAUUGGUGCGGCUAUAGCUAGAAUCAUUGCUAAGUUUAAGCAGAUCAAGGAUGAACUUGAAGCCAUUAACCCCUAUACAAAAGUCUUUACAGAAUAUGUCGACGUCUCUAGCUCUUCUUCCUCGGGAGCUAUUCAUGGAUGCCUUAAUGCGGCUGGCGUUGCCCAGGUCAUGAGCGAUCCUUCUUCUAUAGAACUAAUGAUCCUCCAAGAGAGAGAUGAAGGCAUCGAGAGAGUUAUAAAUGUAAACUACAAAGGCGUUGUUUAUUGCACGCGAAGUUACCCAAGUAUCGUCAAUAUUGCGAGCCUUGCGAGCCUGAUGCAUAUUCCUGGCGGUUAUAUAUGCAGUACCAGCAAGGCAGCAUCUACAGGAAUCCGCCUCAACGCUGUUUCUCCCGGCAACAUUUUGACGCUGAUAACACGGAAGUUUGUCCCAGCUGAUGCGGAUACCGACCUUAUGGCUAAAAACGCCGCUGCGGCAGGCUUGUCCUCUCUUGAUCUUUAUGACGUGGUGAGAACUAUUGUGUGGUUAUUGAGCGAGGCUUCUAUUUAUGUUAAUGGAAUAAACUUAGCUGUUGGGACUAUUGUACUAUAG